AUGCGUUACGCACUCGCUUUCGCCGGCUUAGUCGUCAUGGCUGUCGCUGCUCCUAUCGAAAUGGGAACAGACCGUAGCUACGGGGCCUAUGAUCCAUACAAGAAUUAUGGUACAUACUCAGUCGCUGUGGGAGUGGAAGCCGCAAAUAUGCAAAGAGCCACGGCCAACGCGAAGCGCUCUACAGCUGCUCCCGUGAACAUGGCAGCAGACGGUAGCUAUGGAACCUAUGUUCCGUACAAGAGCUAUGCCCCAUACUCAGCUGCCGUUGAAGCGGAGGCCACAAAAAUCCAAACAGCAUCAGACCACGCCAACACAAAGCGUGACCCCUCCGUACACGCAGCCCAAGACAUCAACUACAGCAAAUAUCCCUCCUACGCGCCCUACGGAACAUACAUCCCAUACUCCGCAGCCGUCGAAGCAGAGGCCGCAAAGAUGAAUAUGGGCAAGUCUUACCCCCGAACACAUGCAAAUGUAGCUAACGCCGUCCUAGAGAAGCGUGUGAAGAUGGCUGCGGAUGGCGAGUACGACAAAUACGACAAGUACACGUCGUAUGGGACUUACUAUGGAAGCUACACGCCGUACUCGGCUGCUGUUGAAGCGGAGGCGGCUAAGGCAGACGUGGAGAAACGCCAUAAGAUGAAGAUUCAUGUUGGGGAGAAGGAUGGGAAAGGUAGUGUGUAA